GGAAUUUGCUAACGUACGAAAAUUUGCAAAAGAAAGGUCCCACCAUAAAUCCAAUGGAGUGUCAAUGAAGGGGCGAUUGAUUUUAAUUAGUAGCAAGAAACCCAAUUUUUCUAUUCCUCCAAGAAAAAAAGGUACUUUAGUUUGCUGAUAUGGUAGAAGGGAAAGGUUGUGUGCUAGCCUUGCAAUAUAUUUCGAAACUCGAAAAUCGAAAACUGACUAGUAGUAAUGAGUUGAAGAAGGAAGAAUUAUGGGUGUCACCUCGAAAAUUGACUAGUAGUAAUGAGUUGAAGAAGGAAGAAUUAUGGGUGUCACCUAAAUAUGAAAAUGCAAGAGAAGCUUCAAAUGCACAUACUACUACUGAUGAUUUAUGUUCAGGAGUUUCAGACUCAAUUCCUGUACAUAAUGAGAUUGCAUCAAAUAAUUGCUUGGAAAUCAGCAGUAGCAAUAAUCCUGAUAAUCAAAUAAGUACUGGUGAUGUAACAUCAGAAAGUUCAGCAAACUCAUGCACAGAAUUUGGAGAUUUUGGUACUUCCCAAAUUACUCAGGAAAUUCCUAAACCUGUUACCACCACCAAAAGGGGUUUAAAGAUCAGAUUCAGGAUUCGUUCUGAUGAUGAACAAAGGGUUACUGAACAAGAAACAUUGCCUACAAAACGCGUAGGGAAAAGCUUGAAUAAAGAUUUGACCUCAUUUGUUACAGGAGAAAAGAGGAAAAGGGGGUUAGAAAAUGGUGGUAAGAGAAAUGAUAGUUUACACAAAUUGCUUUUCAAGAAAAAUGGGGUUCCAGAUGGUACUUAUUUGGCUUACUGUUUGAAAGGAGAGAAAAUUUUAGAGGGUUACAAACAAGGGACUGGUAUUGUAUGUAGUCAUUGCGACACUGAGAUUAGUCCUUCACAGUUUGAAGCUCAUGCAGGAAUGGCUGUCAGAAAAAAACCAUAUCAACACAUUCAUGAUGCCAAUGGAGUUACCCUCCAUGACAUUGCCCUUGCCCUAGCCCUAGCCCUAAACGAUGAACAACAUCAGACCAAAAGGAAGAAGAACAAUAGUAGUGACAUCAGAUUAACAGAUGCUAAAACUGAUUGUGUUGAUUCUUUGAGGAGUAAUCAUAAUAAGCCAAUUAUAAUCAAACAGAGAACAUCUAAGAAAUCUGAAGUUGAUUAUGGUGGCACCUGUGUUCUAUGUUUGGCACAUGAUUUCAGUGUCAAAGUAUUCAAUGAUAGAACUGUUAUAAUAUGUGAUCAGUGUGAAAAGGAGUAUCAUGUUGGUUGUUUGAGAGAAGGUGGACAUUGUGAUCUGAAAGAAGUUCCUAAGACGAAAUGGUUCUGCUGUAAUGACUGUGACAGAGUUUCCGUUGCUCUGAAGGAACGUGUUACCAGGGGGUCAGAGGUGAUUCCAUCUUCAGAAACAAGUAAAAUCAUCCGGAAACUUCUAAAGAAAAAAUCCCGUGUUGUUGCUGAUAAUGAUGUACAGUUUCGUAUACUGCACGGGAAAUACUCCCUUCCUGAACAUCAGCCAUUACUGUCUAGGGCGGUUUCUCUGUUUCGUGACUGUUUUAGUCCUAUAACUACACUCACUGGCCGUGAUCUAAUUACUAUGAUGGUUCAUGGAAGAAGUAUUUCUGGUCAGGAUUUUGGAGGAAUGUAUUGUGUGUUUUUGACAGUUAAAUCAGUUGUUGUUUCAGUUGGUCUUGUUAGAAUUCUGGGUAGUCAAGUAGCUGAGCUUCCACUUGUAGCUACAAGAAAGAAAUGUCAAGGAAAAGGCUACUUUCAAGCCUUAUUCUCGCGUAUUGAGGAGUUAUUAAGGUUCUUGAAGGUGGAGAAAUUAGUUCUUCCAGCAGCAGAAAACGCGAUAUCUAUGUGGGUAGAUAAAUUUGGUUUCAGAGAUAUGAGCAGUGAAAAUUUGCUGAAGUAUACCAGAUUUUUUCAGUUGACAGAAUUUAGUGGAACAGUGAUGUUGGAGAAACAAGUUGAGCAACAACAGAUGGAUUGUUCGGAACCUUUCUCUGAUUCCCGGAUUUCUGAAAACCUAAAACUGGAAGAUAUGAUGAUAUGUGAGGAAAUCGAGGAAUUAAAGAAGAACGAAAAGGACUUGAUAAACCAGACCAUGCUGAAAUUUUGAUGCAGUUAUUUUUUUCAGGGAUGACUGAAUUUGUACAGGAUCGACUUUUUGUACGUAGUAUAAUGUUAGGUAAAUUAGUUUUUAAUUUUAUUGAGGGGUAAAACUAAAACGCGAGUUUUACCCCAAGACUGUACAAAGAUCAGGAAUUUGGAAGGUAAUAAAGAUGUUAUU